ACUGCGGUGUCUACUCUGCUGCUGAUCCUCCACAGUUGCAAAAUCUUUCUCUGCAACUCUUCAUCUUCCCCGCCAUUUUCUUAAGAUCUCAAUGCGGAAGAAGCGUCGAGUUCCAGAGGUUCUAUGGCGGCUCUUCCGCCACCGCGCACGCACGCUUGCUGAAACCAUCACGUCGUUACUUCCACCGGCCGAUUGCCGCUGCGAGAGGCGGCGAUGUCUGCACUGCAGCGGUUCUGCGCCGGAGGGUUUCCUCCUCAGACCAGGUGAUCCUCGCGCUUAUCGAGACCUUCUGACUCAGUGUUACGUUGUUGUCUCUGAGAAGGCGUCUCCGCGCUCUGAUUUUUCAAAUGAAUCGCACUGGUCUCUGCAUGAGAUUGUGGUGAGGACUAUAGAAAUCAUAAUCAGUACACAACGGGUUGAUAGCAAUUUAAUUUGCAGUGGUUUUGAUAAGUUCACCCGGUCAAGUCCAGUUGUUGCUCUUUUAACUUGUCCGGCCUGGGAUCUUCUCUUAAGCCGGGUUAGGGAUGAUAUGAUGGUCUAUCUGCUAAUGCAUACUUCAAUAUUCUUGCCCCAACCAAAGAAGACGCAUUAUCAGGUGGCAGGUCUUCCCAUCAAUAAUUUAUGCAUUAAGUUGUCAGAAUAUUCAGCUGUUUCCCCAAAUCAAAGUAAUUUAUUUGGUAAACAUGGACUGCAGAAGAGGAAAAGAGAUGGUGAUCAACCUUGUGGUUCCUUCAUUGAUACUUGUCCUCCCUUUCACACCGAAUAUUUUUCUGGGUGCAAAAGUAGUCAUUGCCAAUCAUCAUGCUGGGAUCAAGAGGACAAACAGUUCCAAUUGGGUUCAUUGAACAUAAUUAGUCAAUCGAUCAGUAUUCCUACUCCUACUCUUGAAAAUAAUUCAGAUAGGAAAUCAGAAAAGUCGAGCACGUCUGUUACAGAACUCGGAAAGCGUUCAAGGCCAUUUAGAUGGCAACGGGAAAGAAAGCGUAGACUAUUAGAUCCUGGCAAUAGUUGGGGGUUGACCCCUUGCACGUCAACAUAUUCUGAUAAGAAUACCUUACAUGAGAAGCCUCCAAAUCAGUUUAGUGCACACUCAUGCCAUUCCCACAAGCAAGCUCGAAAGAAUAUCGAAGAGGUUUACAUCAACAGGAAAUCCAUGUUUUACAACCUGGAUUGUUCUUCAGCAAUUCCUCUGAAAGGAAAUAUACUUCGUUCCUUGAAGCCAAACUUUGCUGGUUCAGAUAGUCUUGCUAGAUAUAUCUUUGGUUCAUAUGAUGCAAAUGGAAACGCGCCUUCCUCAUUACUCAUCUGCAACGACGGCACCUGUCCAUUUGGAUCAAAAUGCCUAUAUCAUUCACUUACCAAAUUGCUCAAAGUUCUGAUUCGUAGAAGCCAUAAUUGUCAGUAUGUUAGAUUAUUGGAUAAGCACUGUGGUGCCCCAUCGGUAGACCAAAUAUCCAUUGGAAAUUCAGGCUCCAUCUUUGAGUGUCAUGGAAGUGAGUUGAAUAGAGACAUUGGUGAAGGCACCCGUGGUUCUGAUGUCAAACAUAGCAAGAAUUAUCUAGAAGCAAUCGAUCCUCAAUUUGCUGCAAAGUUCUAUUGCCCUAAAAAUCAGGUGGUCUCAUUCAUAUGGGCGGUUUGUCGGAGUAUAGUUCCUGCAGAUAUGCUGGGAACCUGUUCUAAUUGGAGAAUAUUGAGGAGAAAUAUUUCCAAGUUUAUAAAAUUACGAAGAUUUGAGAACUUUUCCCUGAAGCAAGCUAUGCAUAAAUUGAAAACCUCAUGGUUUCCAUUUUUAUCAGAUAAACAUUCUUUAUGUUGCCAGAAUGGUAAGGUGUCAAACUCUGUGGAGCAGAGGGUUUUGCUCGAAGGAUUCAGCAUGUCAAAGGAAGCAGCAUACAUGAUGAAACGCAAUCUUACGGAAAGUUGGAUUUAUUGGUUAUUUUCACACUUAAUUGUACCAUUGAUCCAAGCACACUUCUACGUUACUGAAACUGAAUUUGGGAAACAAGAUGUUUAUUUUUUCCGGAAGUCAAUAUGGGAGAAGUUAACAAAGGGCGCUACCACUAGCUUUAAGGAUAAAGGUUAUUGUAACUUGAAUGACUCAGCUGUCAGAAAUAUUCUUGCAAAUAGAUCAUUUGGUUUCUCAAAACUUAGGCUUUGCCCAAAAGAAAAUGGAGUAAGGAUUCUGGCAAAUCUCAAGGCAUAUUCAAGAAUGCCAACAGAAGAGUUCUAUUUCAAAGAUGGUCAAUCUUGUGUAGUGCAUGGAAAGAAAAAGCCAAUCAAGUUUGAUUACUACAAGUCUGUGAACAAUGUUCUUAGAGAUACCCACGCUGUUCUGAAAGGUAUUAAGUUGAAAGAACCAGAGCUUUUGGGAUCGUCGGUAUUUGAUUACAAUGAUGUCUAUAAAAAGUUGCGCAUACUUUUACUUGGACUGGAGAAGGCUAAGGCUUCCAUGCCUGACUUAUUCCUUGUUGUUUCUGAUGUAUCAAAUGCAUUUGAUUCUAUUGAUCAAGAUAAGCUGCUUGAUGUGAUGAAAAACAUUAUUGUGAAAGAUGAGUAUCAUCUUAAACAAUACCAUCACGUUUUAUGCACGAAGAAGACUUUGUGGGUUCAUGAGAAUGUAAUGUUGGUUGAUCCAAAUAUGAGCCCAAGAUUUUCUCCUCCACAGUUUCAUUCCUUGCAUAGCGUCCUUGUUAAUCAGGAUCUGAGAAGCUUUUUAAACAAGGAAAAGCUCUUUUAUACCCUACGUGAGCACGUGAAGCGAAAUGUUAUGCAAUUUGAUAAAAAGUUUUACUUACAAAGAACAGGUAUUCCUCAAGGAAGUGUUUUAUCAUCUUUGCUCUGCUCGUUAUACUUCGGAGAUCUCGAGAGGAAGGUGAUUUUUCCAUUUCUUGGGAGAGUUAAUGAAUCUAAGGCUGACAAUCCAUCUGUGAGACAAAAUUGUCUUGACCCUUCUAUUUCCCUGAGUAGCAAGGAGGAUGAAAUGAUAACAAAUCCUAGUUAUUUGCUGCUUAGAUUUAUUGAUGAUUUCCUUUUCAUAUCGACCUCGAAGCAUCUGGCAGAAAAUUUCUUAUUCAGACUUCAGAGAGGAUUCCGGGAAUAUAAUUGCUACAUGAAUGAAAGAAAGUUUGGUCUGAACUUUGAUGUAGGAAAUACAUCAGGAUUCGUCUCCAAAAGAGUCUAUGUUGGUAAAGAUGGUGUUUCAUUUCUUCGAUGGAGUGGUUUGCUCAUCAACUGUCAGUCUCUCGAAAUUCAGGCAGACUACACAAAGUAUUUGAAUAACCACUUAAAUUCAACCCUAACUGUUUGCUGGAAAGGAAAACCUGGACAUCAUUUGAAGGCAAAGCUGUGUGACUAUUUAAGGCCCAAAUGCCAUCCGAUCUUCUUUGAUUUGAAUAUCAAUACUGCUGCAGUUGUCAGAUUAAACAUUUUUCAAGCAUUUCUUUUAUGUGCCAUGAAGUUCCAUUGCUACAUAUGCCAUUUGUCAUAUAUGUGCAAAUUCAGCAGAAAAUUUCUUUUGAACAUCAUUCUAAGAUCUCUAAGGUACAUGGAUGUGCUCAUAAAGAAUAGGAUGUCUUCUAUUCAGCUCGAUUUGCUUCCACGUCCAAGAUUGCAGUUAGAAGAUGGAGAAGUUGAAUGGCUAGGACUAAAUGCUUAUGUUCAAGCAUUGACACGGAAACAGGCACGACAUGCUCGGUUACUGUCAUUGUUGAAGUCGAGGUUAAUUGCUCAUCAGUUGUCGGGGUGCAUCUCUUCGGAUCUGAUCUAUGCAGUUGAUCGCUCACAUUCCUCCUUGCUCUGGAAAAUCAAAUGCAGUGGAAAAGAAAAGGUGUCACAAAGGCUUGAAAGCAAAGCACUCAUCAAAAUUUUGAUAGCAACGUUGUUAUCUUACUAGGAAACAAUGAACAUCCGCUCUACCUUUUGCUCGUUGUGAAUGGAAUGAAUUCUUGGAUGCCACCUUAAAGAUGGUAUUCUUUUGUGUCUAGAAAAGAUUAGUUCAAUUCUUGGAAGCUACCUUAAAGAUGGAAUUAUUUCACAAGGACGAAGAAUCAAAGAACUUCGUGGGGUGGGAAUGGUGUCAGGAGUCAUCCUAUCUGGCUAUCUCUACCUUGUCUAGCUUGUCAGAUCUCUAAUUUUUGGACUUCCAUUGAUGAGUUGUUAUUUAGAAAGUUCUUUAUUUUGGGAGGACGGAAGAUGUUGUUGACCUCGGAGGCUGAGAAACUUCACUCUAUGAAUUUGUUGUUGUAUAUGGCUGCCUCUAGUGGCUGCUAUAAUUUGCUUCCUAUUAGUCUUUGUAUUGAAGGGAAUGUUGGCUGGAGGAAUUCGUUUUUUGUGUUCUUAUUGCUUGGCAAUGGUACGGUGGCUUAUUUAGUGAA